GGUCCCCGUCCUGCCUUGUUUGUUCCUGAAGUUUCCUUUGAGUUACUGGUAAAAAGGCAAAUCAAACGUUUGGAAGAACCGAGUUUGCGCUGUGUGGAGUUGGUUCAUGAGGAAAUGCAGAGGAUUAUCCAGCAUUGUAGUAAUUACAGUACACAGGAAUUACUGAGGUUUCCUAAACUGCACGAUGCCAUAGUUGAAGUAGUAACCUGUCUUUUGCGUAGGAGACUUCCUGUCACAAAUGAAAUGGUUCAUAACCUGGUGGCCAUUGAGUUAGCUUAUAUCAAUACCAAACAUCCAGACUUCGCUGAUGCCUGUGGGUUAAUGAAUAAUAACAUAGAGGUAAGAAAAUAUGUUCUCUUAAACUUGUCUCUUCAAUUGAAAGGGAAAUUGAUAAAAUAAGAAAUGCUUCAAUUU